AUGCUUACCUACCUGGAGCCAGGGCCCAACUCCAACAGAUGGGAUGAAAAACUGCCCUACGUCUCUGAAGUGGUAUCUCCUAUCGUUCAUGAGUUAUCACCUAAAAUGGAUUUCAGUUUUACGUUUUUCACUGCAGUUACACCUGGUGGCCGCCGAGUCAAAGUUGUGCUCUGGGUCAUUGUGCGUCACAGAGCAUAUUCUUAUGCACGCAUGCACUGCAGUUACAGCUGGUGGCCGCGGCGGCUGACUAUGGCCCUGUGGCAUCCUGCGUCACAGAGCACACACGUAGCCAAGCUACCCAAAAAUCUUGGAGAUCAACACAAGAUUGCAGAGGAUGAACAUGAGAUUGGUGGGAAUGAGGAAGAAGCAGCGGACCUGUAUCGGAAGAUUUUUAUAAUAUGUCAGGAUAACCUGGAAGAAGAGAGUGAAAUUCAGGCUUUUUUCUCUUUUUUUNCCGCUAGGGGUGAGUUUAAAGAGGCAAUGCUGCGGCAACGCUAUGAAGAGGAAGUGGGGUCACUGGCAGAGGAACGAAAACGGGCAGAGACCGAAGAACACCGGUAUCUGAUGGCCAUGAAUGAUGCUGAGAACCAGCGGCUCCGCGGCCUGCGGGAGGAGCGACUCAGGCAGGAGGCGGAAGAGGAGCUGCGGCAGAAACUGGACAUCAUGCUUCGCAGAGAGGAGAAGAGGGAAGUGUUUCUCCAGGAACGGGUGCAAGAGAUCCUGAAGCUCCAGGAAGAAGUGAAGAACUUUAUCACCCUGGAAAAUGUGGACCAGCGGAUAGAGGCUGCCCUGGACAAUCCCCAGAAUUACAACUUCGCCAUUGACCAGGACGGUAGGGUGGUAAAACGUACUGUGAAGCAGUAACAACCCUCUGAUGGAGGUGAACUGGCAAGAACCGAAUUCUUUCUCAUCAGACAUCAUUUGUCACAAACAAGGGAUUGACAAUCAGAAUCCAAGAACCAUAUGUCACAUUGCAAUGGACUUUAAAGGGGAAGGAAAGUGUUUGGGGAAGGGAGAGCGAUGAGAGGCGAACUUUCUAAUCAUAGUAAACCUCCAUGUGAUAUUAAAAAUUAGAUUUUUACGAAAAGUGAUUUUUCCCAGUUGAUCGCUGAUCUGCGCUGAGUUCCUUUACCCUCAGCCAGGCCCACUCAAGAAGCACUGCAAUCGGCUAAAGGCCCUGCAUUUGCAGAGAAGAAAAACAGCUAGGAUUUACUCCUCCUGGUGACUGCUUUUGCUGUCAGGUGAUGCUAAGAUCAGGUGAGGAUGCGAUUUCUCUUCCCUCCCCCCCCCUCCCAAAAAAAAACCUGCGAGGAAGAGCCUCACACAUAAAGAGUGGCCACUUGGGUCAGGUGCCAGAGGCCUUGAAGCUUUUACCCCAAUGAAGAGUUAUCAUUUUCAAAGAGGGAACGUUGGUGAAAAGAACAGCUCCUAAACGUACACCAGCCCGUCUUACAAUCCUUUCAGGGUAUGAAAGCUGUCUUUUUGAAUUCUUGUUCUCAAUCUUAAGCAGCGGAGAAAUGUGACCAACAAGGAUUCCGUUAAGCCUGAGAUUUUUCACUGUCCAAGGCCUGUGGACUUGAACCCAGAAGCAUUAUUUGGGGUUUGUACCCUUGGUCUGGGUGUGCUUUUCCUUGAUGUAAAUAAAAUAAAGUCUUGCGUGGAA